CAUUGCGAUGUGUGUUUGCUUAUACCUUAUUGGUCUUACACUCGUUUUGUUAAAUUUGGCGGGAAUUGGAGACCAUUCCUUUGACAGAAAAAGCCUUGAAUGUAUAUGGGACCGCAUGGCAACAUAUUAUUAUACUGUGGUAUUUUCAGUCCUUUUAGUCUGGAUUCCAGUUACCGUGACGGGAAUAUUUUACUUGAAGAUUUUCUUAACUGUUCGGAAGAGUACGAAAAAAAUUACACAGGUCACGUGUGCAGAUCACAACCAGAAAUCAGUCAACCUUGCACGAACAUUGUUUUUUAUUUACGUUAUUUUUUCUCUGUGUUGGAUUCCAUACGCUUUGAUUAUAGUGAUAGACAGAAAUGACACAUUUCCUUAUGAGCCACACCUGAUUCUCACUGUUUUUGGUCAUUUACAUCCUUCAAUCAACUGGUUGGUUUACUAUUUCACCAACACAAAAUUUCGUAAGGCUUUUGACAGACUUGUAAAGCUGAACAAAUUUUUCGACUUAUGCAAGAAGAAGAAGGAAAUACCGAUUGAAAUGUCGAAGACACCAACACACUCAAACGAUAUUUUGACAACCAAAACACAAAAUUUUCAUUCGUCUUCAGGAACUGAAUAAUACGACAAUAUUUUACUACGACUGUGCGAAAUUUAUCUGUGAUCAACGCUGAGGACAAUUCCCUUGAGGACAUUCAUAAUUUUCAAUUGUGUAAAUAAGUGCUUAUGUAAAGUUUAAGGAAUAAAAGUGAAUUGUAUUUUUGAAAUUAAAAAAAAAGUAAUUCUGU